GAAUUAUUCGCCGUUUCUAAUGACCUGGUAAGCGUAAAAUAUUCCCAAUUUGAUAUUGGCUCGGAAAUUUUGGGCAGCGCCAACGCGGUCACUGAAUUGAAUCCAAAAAGUGGGGCACCAAAAACGGAUUGGACGACUAUACACCACCACCUUCCUCCUAUCUCCUCUCAUCCUCUUCCCCAUCCGAGUCUGACCCAUCCAACGGGUCAACCCGACUCGAAUACCGGAUCUACGCUGCAUCUCUGAACUACGUACCCUCAGAAACUCCUACUCACAGCUCCGAAACUCCCAGAUUCCCCGAUCCAGUUCUCGUCGCCAAGCUUCAAACAGCUUAGACGACGUAGCUUUCGGAUCAUACAAUCGUCCCACCGCAAAAAUGAUUGCUAUCCCUUAUUUAACCGCGUUAACCACGUACUUCAGCUAUGGAUUGCUCUUCGUUUUCGGCCAAGUCAGAGAUUUCUUCCGCAAAAUCAUCGACUGGUGGAGUGCUAGCAAUUUGCAGGGUUAUGCUCCAAUCUGUUUAGGACUUGAAGAUUUCUAUAUUCGCCGGCUUUAUCUUCGAAUUCAGGACUGUUUCAAUAGGCCUAUUGCGAGUGCUCCUGAUGCUUGGUUUGAUGUGGUUGAACGCUACUCCAAUGACUACAACAAAACACUCAAGCUAACCAAAAAAACCAGUAGAUGCCUUAACUUGGGAUCUUACAAUUACCUUGGCUUUGCUGCAUCUGAUGAGUACUGCACACCUCGCGCUAUUGAGACGUUGAAAAAAUAUUCUCCCAGUACAUGUAGUAGCCGAGUUGACGGCGGCACCACGGAUUUGCAUAAUGAGCUGGAAGAGUGUGUUGCAAAUUUUGUUGGGAAACCUGCUGCUGUAGUUUUCGGAAUGGGUUAUGUCACAAACUCUGCUAUCCUUCCUGUUCUGAUGGGGAAGGGAGGCUUGAUUGUUAGUGAUUCUUUGAACCACAACUCCAUUGUUAAUGGCGCAAGAGGAUCUGGAGCUAGAGUUUGUGUUUUCCAACACAAUACUCCUGCUCAUUUAGAGGAAGUUUUGAGAGAAAAAAUCGCAGAGGGUCAGCCUAGGACCCGCAGACCCUGGAAGAAGAUAAUUGUCAUUGUGGAGGGGAUAUACAGCAUGGAAGGGGAGCUUUGCAAACUUCCUGAGAUUAUAGCAAUCUGCAAAAAAUAUAAGGCAUAUACAUAUUUGGAUGAGGCCCACAGCAUUGGAGCGGUAGGGAAAACUGGAAGAGGUGUUUGUGAGCUCUUAGGUGUCAAUACAGCUGAUGUAGAUAUCAUGAUGGGAACAUUUACCAAAUCAUUUGGAUCAUGUGGUGGCUAUAUUGCAGGAUCUAAGGAGCUUAUACAAUACUUGAAGUACACUUGCCCUGCUCAUCUUUAUGCAACUUCAAUAUCACCACCAGCUGCCCAACAAAUAAUAUGCGCCAUAAAGGUCCUUCUUGGAGAGGAUGGUUCCAAUAGAGGUGCCCAAAAACUUGCACGUAUACGGGAGAAUAGCAACUUUUUCAGGUCAGAACUACAAAAAAUGGGUUUUGAGGUUUUGGGGGAUAAUGACUCUCCAGUAAUGCCAAUUAUGCUUUACAACCCAGCCAAAAUUCCUGCCUUUUCACGGGAGUGCCUCAAGCAGAAUGUAGCUGUUGUGACAGUAGCAUUUCCAGCAACCCCGCUACUGUUGGCAAGGGCACGUAUAUGCAUAUCCGCAUCUCAUACAAGGGAAGACUUGAUCAAAGCCUUGGAGGUCAUCGGCAGGGUUGGCGAUCUGGUGGGUAUAAAAUACUUCCCUGCUGAACCAAAGAAGGCGCAGGCCGAAGAAGAAAGGUUGCUGAAGCUGGACUGAUUAGCAAAAGUGCAGAUGGAGGGAUGCCUUAGAGCAUUGAAUGUUCAUUUGUGAGGCAUAAAAGGGGCCGGGGUAGCUGGACUAGAGUCUAGGAUAUAUGAUCACGUAUGUCUGUCUGUACCUUGUGAUUUAACUUGCGUUGUCAUCAGCUCCCGUUGUAAUGUGGUACUCUCUAUAUCAAAGGUCUGCACCGUGCUUCGCUCGAAUAGGGCGUUUUUUGUUCAUACAUGGUCGAUUUCACCCUCAUUCAUGCGUUGGGAGGGAUAGUAUUUCAAUGUUCUAACUUCUACUAGUUUUGUUUAUUUAUAUCGGUUUUCUCUUUU